AUGCUUAUUGAAACACCAAACUUCAACUGUCACGGUCAUCCUAUUCUACUUCCCCAGUCCCCGACACAGCGCCUACCCAUGGCAGCGGAUACAGCACAGUUACAUGAUCGUAUUGCGACGCUCGAGAAGGAAAAAAUCGAGUGUUUGGAGCUGAUAAAGACAUUGCACCGAAAAAUCCACGCUUUGGAGGAGGAGAACGACCUCCUGGCAGUGGAGAACGAAAGACUCAGAGCACAAGAACCUCUUUCGGUCGUGGAUGGACAAUCGAAUAUCGCGCCAGAAACAGGAAUCGGUAUCUUUGAUUUGCCGAUCAAUACCACUUAUUUGGAAGAAUGCGAUGGAGCAAAGUAUAUUACGCAAGAGUUGGCAGAGGUAGAAGGUGUUGGAGGCGGACUCAACCCUCUUUGCGUCCGCAUCUGCACAUUUCCCUCCCUCCCUGCCUCUGCCGCUCCUUUCAUUCCUGACACGGUCCUGGUGGCAGUGGGUGGCGUUGACAAGUUCCUGACUCUCUACAGGGUCGAGACAAAUGGCAGUCCCUCCGAGAAGGUCUUGGUCCUCUCAGGCUUCGGCGGGCCCCUGCUGAGCCUCGACUUUUUCGCCGCAGGGGAGGAGGAGGGGAGGCUCCUUGUCACGUGCAUGGACGGCAGUCACAGCGUGGUUCAUUUCAAUAAACAUCGUCCCGUGGAUGCCUGUGUCGUGCACGCGCGCAAGGAUCACGAGAAACACGCAGUCAUAGGCCGCUGGUCUCGAUGCGGCCGUCUGUAUGCGACAGGCGGGCACGAUAAGGCUGUGUACCUGUAUGACAGCAACGGGGGGGGGCCACUCAAGUCCUUCUACUUCCUGGGCAACGUCGAAGCGCUCGCCUUUGUGGACCGCCCCGCCAGCGGCUGUGGGAAAGUUCUCAAACCUCUUGAAACAGGGGAGGCGCAGACGAGAGGGGAAGGCGGGUUGAGCGCUUGCUCGCGGCCCUUUCUGAUCGUGGCCUCCCGCAACGUGGCGCAUUUGACCUACAUCGAUUGCGACUCCUUCGAGAAGCACACGGUCUCUCUCAACAACGCCUUGUGGGACACGCAUGUCUCCUUCUCCGUCCUCUCUCUGGCCGUUUCCCCCUGCCAGGAAUUCCUGCUGGCCGCCACAGACAAAUCGCGCGUUAUACUUUACCGCAUAGGGCAUAAUGAGCAGCUACGUUCCUUAUACGGGCACAGGGCCGAUGAAUACAGUAAUCCCCGCGUCGCCUGGGAUCGGAACGGUAAUUACGUCUACUGCUCGUCACAAGAAGGGAAUGAGCUGGUAGGGUGGUCGCUAGCUUCUGAGCGGGUCGUUGUGAAACUGAAGGGCCACCGUGCUUUGGUGCGUGACAUGACGUUUGACCCGGCCUCAUGCCUGCUAGCCUCUAUUGCUUACGACAAGACUUUGCGGCUUUGGAGC